GCUUCCCUUGGCUUUCUCGGAGGCCUUCCCCCGCCCCCGGUCCGGAGCCGGGUGAGUGAGCGAGCGAGCGCCGGGGCUGUGGCGUUGCGGGCACAGCGGCCCGGGCUGCGUCCUCCCUCCGACCUUCUCGCCACAGCAGGUCCCCGCGCGGCGGUGGCGGCGCCAUGGCGGAGCUGACGGCUCUAGAGAGCCUCAUCGAGAUGGGCUUUCCCCGGGGACGCGCGGAGAAGGCUCUGGCCCUCACAGGGAACCAGGGCAUCGAGGCGGCCAUGGACUGGCUGAUGGAGCAUGAAGAGGACCCCGACGUGGACGAGCCUCUAGAGACGCUCCCUGGACACGUCCUGGGACGGGAGUCCACGUCCUCGGAGCAAGCGGGCCCUGAAGGGUCCGGGUCUGCUGCUGGAGAAAACAAACCCGUUUUGACUAAAGAGGAAAGGCAAGAACAGACGAAGAGAAUGCUGGAGCUGGUGGCUCAGAAGCAGCGGGAACGUGAAGAGAGAGAGGAGCGAGAGGCCCUGGACCGAGAAAAGCAGCGCAGGAGACAGGGGCAAGAGCUGUCAGCUGCCCGACAGAAACUGCAGGAAGAUGAGAUGCGCCGAGCUGCUGAGGAGCGUAGGAGGGAAAAGGCUGAGGAGUUGGCCGCCAGACAAAGGGUUCGAGAAAAGAUUGAAAGGGACAAAGCAGAGAGAGCCAAGAAGUAUGGUGGCACUGUAGGUUCUCGGCCAUCCCUGCCAGCAACAGAGCCAGCUCUGGUUCCUUCCUCUCCCAGCCAGGAACCACCCACCAAGCGGGAGUAUGACCAGUGUCGCAUACAGGUUAGGCUGCCUGAUGGGACUUCAUUGACCCAAACGUUUCGGGCCCGGGAACAGCUGGCAGCUGUGAGGCUCUAUGUGGAGCUCCACCGUGGGGAGGAACCCGGAGGAGACCAGGACCCUGUGCAAUUGCUCAGUGGCUUCCCCAGGCGGGCUUUCUCAGAGGCUGACAUGGAGCGGCCUCUGCAGGAGCUGGGACUUGUGCCUUCUGCUGUCCUCAUUGUGGCCAAGAAAUGUCCCAGCUGAGGGGCCUUCAACCCAUCAUUACUCUCUGACCUCUUCAUCUUUGAUAAGCACUGACAUCUUCUUCCUAAUAAAUAGAUCUUUGAGUUCUGUA